ACAACUUGGACGAUAUCGUAAUUGUGGACAAGUCGGAGGAAGCCAACCGUGGAGAGGAGGACCGGAUGAAAAAUGCUGGAGGCGCAGAGGCAGAGACGGGGGCAGCGACCGAGGCAGAGACCGAGGCAGACCCAUUGAGUGACCCGCGACAGUGGAUACACUCCUGGGCAGGUGACAACGAAAACCUGUUUUACCUCAAAAUCGGAAUUUUCCUGUGCCUAUUAAUAAUUACAAUCGUGAACGGAGUGGUAGGCCGAAAGACGAACAGAACGAUCGCCCUCUACUGGCUGAGAUCAUGCAAAGAUAUUUUUCUUCAAAAUUUUGCCAAGUUGGGAAAUGAAAAAUCUUUUUUAUUUGAAAAAUCUUAUGACAAAUUUGAGUUUUAUUGCACAGGUAGAAAAAAUUGCAACUAUUAUUUUGUUAAUUUAAAUUUAUGCAAGAGGCAAUGUUUGUGGAGGUAUUUCAUGUUGAAUCAUUUUGUAAAGGAUAAAGAUACCAUGAGUGUAGCUAUUCACUUCGAAAAACUGGACAAGGGAAUUCUGUGCAUAUUUAAAAAGCAUCAGAAGAAGUAUAUCGAUUGUCGUUUCCCUAGUUUGAACAAGUACACAAAAUUAUUGACAAAAAAGGAAUUAAAGCAAAGUUACGAUAUCAAAGGGGACUCGAAUGAAAUCAUGGAUCUUGUCAUAAAUGGAAAAAUAUUAAAUUUUUUAAAUACUUAUGAUAGGUACAUAAAUUAUAUGUGCAUCACCGACAUAGCGUUGUUUGAGUCGGAGGACAGGGUAGGUGGGGAGAGGGAAGAGGAGAAGGGGGAGAAGCACUCGACUGGGCAGACUGGGGAGAAGCACUCGACUGGGCAGACUGAUCAACGUAGCAACAGAGGAGGGAAACACAAGUUCUGCUUCCUCAAUUUUGUCAUCCCUAAAAACGUGGAAGAUCUACGCACGC